AUAAGCGCCACGGACGAUCAGGGAUCUGCGCUGGGCCCCGGCAGACAUUUUUAUACCCCGACACACUCAACAAUCAACACAAAAAAAAGAACUCUUCGGGGCUUGUCAAAUUUGUGAUUUGUGCAGACCAAAGAACUCCAGACCCGUCACGACGAAGAACCCGACACGCGAAGUUCGCCCGCCUCCUCGGAUAUAAAAACAACGCCAGGCAGCAAAUGCCGUUUGUGGACGGGUCCGGCCGGACGGAGAUCGCAUCGAGCCGUGGAAAGGAGGAAACAAGUGAAAGUCAACUAGGAAUUUUAAUUAAUUUUAUUUAACUAAUUAGACGGCGGAAAAGAACUAUUUCAAAAUGGCUGCAGACCAUUUCUGUUUACGAUGGAACAAUUACCAAAGCAAUAUGGUCUCUGAACUUGAUAUUUUAAGGACUGAAGAAUAUUUGGUUGAUGUUACUCUGUGCUGUGAAGGGCAUAAAUUUAGAGCACAUAAAGUGAUACUUUCUGCAUGCAGUCCGUAUUUCCGAAAUGUUUUCAAGGAAAACCCGUGUGAACAUCCGGUUGUAAUUUUAAAAGAUGUAUCUCCUGACGAUGUGGAAGCCUUAUUAAGUUUUGUAUACCAGGGUGUGGUUUAUGUCUCAGAAAAGAAACUGUCGUCGUUUUUACAAACGGCGGAACUUUUACAAAUCAAAGGUCUGGCGGGUGCAGCUUCUAGUUUUAACGAUGAACAAACAAAACAAGCGGCGACACCUCAGAGCCCAAUAAAAAGAAGGAAAGGUGCUCCUGUCAGGAUAGUUAAACACGAAGACGGAGAAGAGGACAGCAAUCAAAUGGAGGCCGAAGGAGAAAACGUAAAGAAUGAGUUCUCAGAAGAAAUGGAUGCUUCCAAAAACGAUGAAGAUGGGUCUAUGGGUGAGGAGUCGGAGUCCGAGAAUGGAGGCGAAGUCAAUACAAGCAAUUAUGGAUCAGUGGAUAUGAGAGGGGAUGAAAACAUGGUUAGCGAUAGGGAUAGAGUUAUGGGUAAUUCAAGGGAUCAAAUGGUGACACUUCUUCAACAGACUUUGGCUAGACAAAGGACAGCAGCACCGUCACAAUCUUUGUUAGAAAAUUCAGUUCAAGGCCAAUUUCCAGUACCUGUUCAAAACCAAGGAUCAAUACCAGAACUUUUAUCACCAGCAGGUGAUCGAAACGGAAGGCGGCCUUGCCCACUGUGCACCAAGGUCAUAUCGAACAAGUCGAAUCUGUUGAAACACAUGCGGAUACGGCACAGUGACGCGUACCACCCGGCAUGCUGUUUGCUGUGCAACAAGGUCUUCAAAAACAAAUACAGCCUGAGAGCACAUCUGAACAUCUACCACAAAGAGUUUCUGUCACCCGGUACGCCCCAGCCGCAGCAGCAGAGCCAGCAGAUCGGACAGCAAAUCGAACCCCACCCACAGUACUUACCAAGUGCCUGAUUCUUAAAUCCUAAGAGCGACUGAUAAUUUAUAUAAUCUCUUGGUGUGGUCGGGGGAGGAAGUUCAAAAUACCCACUCGUUUAUUUCGCUGCUGGAUGCCCGCUUGCUUCCAACUGACAUUCACCCUUUGCAGCACAGAGAAUAAAUUAUUUAGCUGUACUCACACCCUUUAAAAGAAUAUUUUUUAAGAUUUUUAACUGAUUUUAAAAAAUCAUCUUUUUUAAUUAAAAACAAACUGUUUGACAAAAUUAUUAUAAUUAAAUUGUAGUUUAUUUAAGGGUAUUUUCUUUGUUUCAUUUUAAAGAAAUUAAAAAUAUUUUUGCAAGUGCAAUUUUUGGAGAGAAAAUUUUUCUGAAAUUUGUCAAAAUUUGGAAUCUUAAAAUGUCAGUGUUAUUAAUUUAUAAGUGACAACAUAAUUUUAAGAGUUUGACAAUGUGUAAAUACAAAUGUGUGUGGGGGUAUAAGAGAAAUGAUACAGUGAGGGCGAUUGAAAAAUUCCAAAGAUUUUUUUUAAACAAAGUAUUUUUCUUUUAUUUUCAUAAAUAGUAAUAUUUUUUUCAUCGUCUUUUGUAUUUUAUAUAGUUACGUGUGAAAAAGUAUAUAAUAGAUGAACUGGUUCUUUUAAAUGUAGGUUUUUAAGUGUAAUCAAAAGAAAUGAAUUUUGCCUUUCCUAUAAUCAAAAUAAUAAAUGCAGACAUCUCUUGAUGCACUUCUUAUGUUUUAUAGCUUACAUUAUGCUGCAAUCAGAAAAAAGUACUGUUUAGAAUUCAUUUCAUGGCAUAUAAUUAAUUCCUCAUCAAUGAGGUUUUCACAGAUGGUUCCUAACAGAUAAUUUCAUAUUCAGUCUAUUGAGAUCUCAACCACUCCCUCUUUUCUCCAAAUUUCAAUAGGGACAACAUAAAAGAGGAAUAAUAUGUUAUUUAUUUAUUUAAUUAGUAGUGUGUAAUUUAUUGAAAUUUAUUAAUUAUGAAGUGAUUUUCAAUGUUUUUACAGUAAAAUGUUAUUUCUUUUUUUAAAUAAGUAGUAUCCACUAGUGCAAAAUGGUAUCAAUUAUAAACGUAAUUUAAGCUUGCAUCGCAACAAGAAAAAAAAUUCUUUUUUUUUCUCAAAAGAAACAAAUGUCAUAUCCAUUUAAAAUGUUAAAAGUAUUUUUAUAUGAAAAAUGUAAACAAUAUACCUUAACGUUUUAUACUGUUCAGUUGAGGUAUAGAAAAGCUUUGUAUGUAUUAUAUUUUUGUAUAAUCGAUGGACAGUUUGAAGCACAAUUUAUAAAGCAUUUGAUACACUUUGUAUGUGCCUUUAUUGAGGAUGGAUUUUUUAAUAUAUCAAAUUUUUAUAAAUGUAAAGUAAAUUUAUUUUAAAUGAACAAUUUUUAUAACGCAUAUCUAAUUAUGUACUUGUUGAAAUAUUGGCAAAGAAGCCUUUAAAAAUAAAAAAAGUAAGAAAACAUAUACAUAUCUAAAAUGAUACCUCAAUAAUUGUGCAUUAUUAUUUUAGUACAUACAGGAUUUAAUUGUAAAAAAAAGUAUAUUACACAAUAUAUUUAUGCAAGUAAC